CAAUUUGCCAAAGACCGGUCAUCUCUGACAAUACUGCAAUGAGUAUUAAGGAGUUGCAAGCAAUCGUCAACUCAGCGUCCUACUUACUCGGUAUGGCGUAUGAAUGCUCUCAGGGAUACGUCUUGAAUGGAACAGCCCUGCAGUUGUGCAUUGCUAAUGAAACGCUUCGACCUCCAUCACCACCGUCAUGUGCCGUGGUACAGUGUAACGUAUCCUUGGUAACAGAAUGCCGAGGAUCUACCCGUCCAGAUCCGGCAGUAUCGUUUGACUAUGGAACAAAUGUGUCGCUGUCUUGUCAACCAGAAUUCUAUUUGCUAAAACCUGGUUAUCUAACUUGCAAUGCCAAUGCAACCUCAUCUACCCAUUGUCCAGUCUGUCAACCUAUUCCGUGCAAUACAUCCAGCUUUCCUACACCUGUUAAUGGUCAAAUUGUUAGGGGUCAUCACACAGUCCAGGUAAACAAGUCUCUGCCCAUCACCUGUCGCUAUGGUUACACACCAAGCACUACCAACGCAUCAGUGCAAUGUCUUCUUGGCGAGAUUUGGGAGACCACUAAUAUAACAUGUGAAAUUAUCUCAUGUGGACAACCUUCAAACAUCUCCAACGGUAGCUACAAUGGAACGAAUUAUACCUAUAAUUCCACCGUGACCUAUUCCUGUGAUGAUGCGUACGAGAUAGCAGGAGGUCAGACAACUAGGACAUGUGGUGUGAAUGGCAAUGAGGGAAAAUGGGAAGGAGAGCCACUGAUCUGUAAAGCUAUUCCGUGCAAUACAUCCAGCUUUCCUACACCUGUUAAUGGUCAAAUUGUUAGGGCUCAUCACACAGUCCAGGUAAACAAGUCUCUGCCCAUCACCUGUCGCUAUGGUUACACACCAAGCACUGCCAACGCAUCAGUGCAGUGUCUUCUUGGCGAGAUUUGGCAGACCACUAAUAUAACAUGUGACAUUAUCUCAUGUGGACAACCUUCAAACAUCUCCAACGGUAGCUACAAUGGAACGAAUUUUACCUAUAAUUCCACCGUGACGUAUUCCUGUGAUGAUGCGUACGAGAUAGCAGGAGGUCAGACAACUAGGACAUGUGGUGUGAAUGGCAAUGAGGGAAAAUGGGACGGAGAGCUACUGAUCUGUAAAGCGAUUCCUUGCAAGUUGGACGAAUUGAAGACAAAGAUAUCACCAGACAAAUUUGAAAUACAACAGCAGACAGACACAGUGGCUGUUGGUGACAACGUCCCCAUAUCUUGCCAACGUGGUUACAAGUUGUCAUCCAGGACCAAUGUUACGUGUGAAAUCGGCUCUGUUUGGAAGAGUAUCAGUGCCAGUUCAAGGUGUGACGCCAUCACUUGCAACAGUGGUAAGAUUGAGAUAGAGAAUGGCGAGGUUGGAAUAGCACACAACACAUCGUUUGGAUCAAUACGUUCACUGACCUGUGAUUCUGGAUUUGGCAAAUCACCCUGUGCUUACCAGAUCACGUGUACUGAAACUGGCCAUUGGUCUACAGCCGUGGAGUGCAGAGCAGACAGUCUAUACACACUUGGCACAGUGAUCGGCGCUGGUAUUGGCGGGAUGAUGUUUGGGAUAUUAGCAUUAACGUUGGUAGCCGUAAUAGUGUAUCGGAAGAUGCAAAGCAUACCGGUCAAGACUGAAGUUCCGAGUCACACACAAAAUGCAGCAUACGAAGACGCUGAUAUUGCUGAGAGUUCCCUCACCAAAAGUGAUGCUUACGGAGUUGUAGAAUCCUCGCCACAACCACAGUAUGAAUUGGUCUGCCCACAGUAACUGAUUAGUCACGUGACAUUCGGCUCUGUAGUUUGGGCUGCUUUUCCUCAUUCUCUGACCCCGUAAAGGUUCCCUCGGAAUACAUUCUUUCAAUUCUACCCUGGUGUAUUUUAUUCAGGCUAGAUUUUCAAAAUUUGUACUUUUGCACUUCCUCACUCUGGGGCAUUCUGUACCAUAUUCAUAUAAUUAUCAUAAUAUCUUGGCAGAAGCAUUCUGUUUCUUCAGCGAGUUGUUUCUGGGAAUGUGCCGUUGUUCAAGGCAAGAAUGGUUCACCCACCUUUAAAUGUUAACCUUCUUUCCUUCUGGUAAACAAUGCAAUUCAAAUGUAUGCUUUGUAGUAACAUAAUCCUUAUCGGAACCCAAAGCUCCUCCAUAGCGAAGCUCAUUGCCAUACUGCAACUAAUCCCCCUCUUCGUAAAAGAAAUGUCCUGUAUUGCUCCUGUCAUUAACAAUGCUAGCUUUUUGUCUAGGGCUCUACUUGAUACAUGAAUACGUGCUGUUCUCACUCAAAUGAUUUUGUUAUGCUGCUCUGUCUACAACAUUCUCUGUUUAGCUGCAUACGCACUCCUCGCCUCGUCCCUAUCUCUAAUACCUUUCCCCAGAAAAAUCUCACAUUUCCGGCAUAAAACUGGUAAAUAUUUCUAUCCCUUUUCCAGAUGCGUUUCGUCCACAUAAGGCCAUUAAUUCGUCACUCUGCUGACACAUUAUGAUGUAAUCAAUGCAAAGAGCUAUG